CUUCCAUGUAUUCGCCUGCCGGACAACUUACGGUUGUCUGUAUAUCGCCGUCUAACUGCGCACUCAUCUGACUGGUCAAAAUACGCCUGCAAAUUGCUCCGCGCCGCAAUAUGUCGAAGCGACCCGCCUUGGAGCCUCUCGAAGAUGUCCUCGACGCGCCCUCUCCAGCUUCAAAACGCGCGCGAGUAGAAGAUGAAGAGAUGCCGGACGCACACACAAAUGGAACGAGCAGAAAUGGCCAUCUCAUGUCCUCACGACUGCAAGAUCAAGAGAAGGUGGACAUACUAGGCGCAGAUGCGGAGGAGCACGCGGAGCUCGAAGAAGCUGGCGCAUUAGACGACGAGGACGACAACGAGCCCGCAAUCGCUGCGCCAAAGCGACAGACGGCCCCAGAAGCCGGAUAUACAGAUCUCUACCUCGACACUAUAGACCGCAAGGUCCUCGAUUUCGACUUCGAGAAGCUAUGCUCCGUCACACUAUCCAACAUCAACGUUUACGCCUGUCUCGUUUGCGGGAAAUACUAUCAGGGACGAGGGCCAAAAUCGCAAGCCUACUUCCAUGCGCUGGAAGAGGGACAUCAUGUCUAUGUCAACAUGGAGACGAAGAAAGUCUAUGUGCUUCCCGAAGGCUACGAGGUCAAGUCCAAAUCGCUCGACGACCUCAAAUUCGUAGUAGACCCACGAAUGAGCAAGACAGAGGUCGCGCGGUUGGAUAAGGAGCCGAAAGUGUCCUGGGAUCUGUCGAAUAGAGAGUAUAUACCAGGCUUCGUGGGUAUGAACAACAUCAAGGCAAACGACUACUUCAAUGUGGUUAUACAAGCGCUGUCACACGUCGUACCGUUGCGGAAUUACUUCAUGCUGGAAGAUCUAUCAAGCCGACCGCAGCUUGCCCAACGCUUCAGUACAUUAGUCCGCAAGAUUUGGAAUCCACGGGCCUUCAAGACGCACGUCUCCCCACACGAGCUGCUACAAGAAAUCGCACUACGUUCCUCGAAACGCUUCACAUUGUCAGAUCAAUCAGAUCCCGUAGACUUCCUCUCCUGGUUCCUCAACCACCUGCAUCUCGCAGUCGGCGGCUCGAAAACCAAACCGAACUCUUCCAUCAUCCAAAAGGUCUUCCAAGGCUCGCUAAAAAUCGAAUCGCAAGAGAUCACCGCCCGCGCCGACGCCGGCGACCGCUUACGAUUCGAAGACGCCGCUGUAAAAACCGACGUUACUAAAUUCCUCGUCCUAACUCUCGACCUCCCCGCCGCACCCCUAUUCCAAGACGCCCUCGAGAAGAACAUCAUCCCACAAGUACCUUUGGUCAAUAUACUAAGCAAAUACAACGGCGUCACACCCCAGGAAAAGAGCAAACACCGCGUUCGGUACCGCCUCCUCCACCCGUUGCCCCCCUACCUCCUCUUCAACAUAAAACGCUUCUCGAAAAACAAAUUCGUCUCAGAGCGCAAUCCCACCAUCGUCACCUUCCCCGUACACUCGCUCGACAUAGCGCCCUACGUCGAGCCUAAUCCAAAGGAAUACCCGCCAGGCGAGCCGAUAUGGUACGACCUUGUAGCGAACAUCACACACGAGGCGGUUAAGAAGAAGGAUGAUAGUGUCGAGGGAGAGCAAGAGAGUAAAGUGUGGAGAGUGCAGCUUAAGGAUCGGAGUAGAGAGGAGUGGUACGGUAUCCAGGAUCUAUACGUUGAAAAGGAGCGAGGCGAGACGCUGUUCACAAAGGAGGCGUAUUUAAUGGUGUGGGAGCGAAGGCGAGGGCAACAACCGAAUGGAGCGGCGAGUAAAGGAAAGGGGAAGAGCGCCUAGGCGCUGCGAAACAUGUUUGAGCACUUGUAUAGUUUCUGUAGGAAUUGGGAAUUGGCGGAUAACCAAAGUUGAUCAGAUUACGAUUAUAGAAUGCAUACGCAUCUAACUAAGCCUCUCCCUU